CAAGCGCACGCGCGUGCUGCCCAUGUCACUCGAGAACAUUGUGCACCACACGGUGAAUGCACAUGGUCAAAUCCUGAGAUAGAGAUAGGCAAGGAUAAGCGCUCCAGUCCUGGGGUCCGACUUCUUCCGUCCGAAUCGAGUGGGACUCGAUUUGUCCAUCCGAGCCACUGGCGAGCUCUCAUGGAUGAUGCUACAAGGCAAUUGAAGAUCAAUCCCAGCCAUGCUCAAAUCAAAUCAAGCGGCAAUUCCGUGCACUUGUUGUCGGGUCUCUCGCAAAAUGUGAGCAUCGACGAAUUGAUAGUCUCGUUGCCCUCCCGCACAGUGGCGGAUAGACUCGUGGCAUCAUGCCUCAAAUCCUCAGAACCAUCCUUGAUGAUCAUUCAUGUUCCGACUUUUGAGACUCAGUGUCGCCAAUUUUGGCAGUCACCUGCGACUGUCAGUCCCGCCUGGCUGGCCCUACUCUAUUCGGUGCUAGCCUGCGGAGUGUGGAUCGAGCAUUUUCUGGAUCCCAUCCUAGCCUACUCCGAAGUACCGCAGUCUUUCUAUGCCCUCCGAGAAAAGUCAGCUGUCGCACUGUCGAAGUCAGAUCUCACUGUCCCUGGCAGGUUCAAGGUUGAAGCAAUGUUGAUUUACUUGGGAAUAGAGUACCUGCAAAGCAAUGAAUCGAAAACUGGCGUGUCGAUUCUUCUCGGGAUUGUUUCGCGAUUGGCGACCAUGAUGGGAUAUCAUCAGAGCGCCCAUCUCUGCCAUCCCCCUCUACUUGCUUUCGAAGCAGAGAUGCGAUGCAGGGCUUGGCUGUUGCUAUCAGUCAUUGACAACGUCGUUGCCUCGCAAACAGGACUUCCAAGAGUUAUGUACCAAGGCCUCACAAACUCGGCUCGCCCACGCAACUUACUCGACGACGAUUUCAACUCCACUAUGUCAGUGCUGCCCUCAUCCCGAUCCACAACCGGAACACUUAGCCACGUUGUAUAUAUGCUGGCUCUUGACGAUCUUUACUCAGUAGCCAAUGAGAUCGCAGAUCUUGCUGCAAAAGGCCCAAUCUCUCCCGACAGCACUGCUCGCCUGGGCCAGCAACUGGAAGCUCUGAGAAACGGCCUCCCGUGUUCUCUGCGUAUACGUUCUCCAAUUUCUCCAACGAUGGAAUAUGACAAAUUGAUCAUGCAACGCACCCUGGAGAUAGUAUACCAACGGUCGCGCUGCAUCUUGCAUCGUCAAUAUCUUAUCUCGUCUGAGUCAAACCCCAGCUUUGACGCUUUUCGAUGGGCAUGCGUGGAUGCAGCCCGUUGCGUUCUCGAGCAGCAGUGUCUCCUGUUUCAAGAGGCCCUGCACGGUCCGCGCAAUAGAAAGCGUGUGUGGUUUGGUGCCUCUCGGUCGGUGUCUGAUUGCCUCACUGCGGCUAUGGUGAUAUGUCUAGAGGUGAUCAACAGGACAAAGGUUUCAUCUCAGCCUUCCUUGACCAGCGACGCAUCUACAGAGCUAGUCCAUAUCCUCCAGCGGACAUACUUCAACCUCAAACAGACCCCCAAACCACCUGUAGAAAUAACCAAGGCAGCUGAGAUUCUGGCCACAAUGCUCGGUCGGAUGGGUCAUGCUGUGACCUGGAACAGUGAUUCAGACGAAACUCAGCCUUCUACUGACCCCAGUAACCCUAAGAUAUCCGACCCUCAAUUUCAAGAGAUCACGCCCCCGAGUGGCCUGCUUUCGUCUCCUUGGCUCCUCUUCGACAACUUGGUCCAUGGUGAUUUUCCGUUCGAGAUGUUUGACUGGGCUUACUGGGACCGGGAGAUGCGGCAGCUCAAUGGGGCAUUCUAUGAUAUCAUAUAG